AUGGCAGGAUUUUCUGAUCCUCUCAACUUUUGCAAAGCAGAAGACUACUACAGUGUUGCGCUAGACUGGAAGGGCCCUCAAAAAAUCAUUGGAGUAGACACUACUCCUCCAAAGAGCACCAAGUUCCCCAAAAACUGGCAUGGAGUGAACUUGAGAUUCGAUGAUGGGACUUUAGGUGUGGUUCAGUUCAUUAGGCCGUGCGUUUGGAGGGUUAGAUACGACCCUGGUUUCAAGACCUCUGACGAGUAUGGUGAUGAGAAUACGAGGACAAUUGUGCAAGAUUAUAUGAGUACUCUGAGUAAUAAAUUGGAUACUUAUAGAGGUCUUACGUGGGAAACCAAGUGUGAGGAUUCGGGUGAUUUCUUUACCUUCUCAUCCAAGGUCACCGCCGUUGAAAAAUCCGAGCGGACCCGCAACAAGGUCGGCGAUGGCCUCAGAAUUCACCUAUGGAAAAGCCCUUUCCGCAUCCAAGUAGUGCGCACCUUGACCCCUUUGAAGGAUCCUUACCCCAUUCCAAAUGUAGCCGCAGCCGAAGCCCGUGUGUCCGACAAGGUCGUUUGGCAAACGUCUCCCAAGACAUUCAGAAAGAACCUGCAUCCGCAACACAAGAUGCUAAAGGAUACAGUUCUUGACAUUGUCAAACCUGGACAUGGCGAGUAUGUGGGGUGGGGAGAGAUGGGAGGUAUCCAGUUUAUGAAGGAGCCAACGUUCAUGAACUAUUUUAACUUCGACAAUAUGCAAUACCAGCAAGUCUAUGCCCAAGGUGCUCUCGAUUCUCGCGAGCCGCUGUACCACUCGGAUCCCUUCUAUCUUGAUGUGAACUCCAACCCGGAGCACAAGAAUAUCACGGCAACCUUUAUCGAUAACUACUCUCAAAUUGCCAUCGACUUUGGAAAGACCAACUCAGGCUACAUCAAGCUGGGAACCAGGUAUGGUGGUAUCGAUUGUUACGGUAUCAGUGCGGAUACGGUCCCGGAAAUUGUACGACUUUAUACAGGUCUUGUUGGACGUUCAAAGUUGAAGCCCAGAUAUAUUCUCGGGGCCCAUCAAGCCUGUUAUGGAUACCAACAGGAAAGUGACUUGUAUUCUGUGGUCCAGCAGUACCGUGACUGUAAAUUUCCACUUGACGGGAUUCACGUCGAUGUCGAUGUUCAGGACGGCUUCAGAACUUUCACCACCAACCCACACACUUUCCCUAACCCCAAAGAGAUGUUUACUAACUUGAGGAAUAAUGGAAUCAAGUGCUCCACCAAUAUCACUCCUGUUAUCAGCAUUAACAACAGAGAGGGUGGAUACAGUACCCUCCUUGAGGGAGUUGACAAAAAAUACUUUAUCAUGGACGACAGAUAUACCGAGGGAACAAGUGGGAAUGCGAAGGAUGUUCGGUACAUGUACUACGGUGGUGGUAAUAAGGUUGAGGUCGAUCCUAAUGAUGUUAAUGGUCGGCCAGACUUUAAAGACAACUAUGACUUCCCCGCGAACUUCAACAGCAAACAAUACCCCUAUCAUGGUGGUGUGAGCUACGGUUAUGGAACGGUAGUGCAGUACAAGUAUCUCUUCGAUAUGGGACUGGAAUUUGUGUGGCAAGACAUGACUACCCCAGCAAUCCACACAUCAUAUGGAGACAUGAAAGGGUUGCCCACCCGUCUACUCGUCACCUCAGACUCCGUCACCAAUGCCUCUGAGAAAAAGCUCGCAAUUGAAACUUGGGCUCUCUACUCCUACAAUCUCCACAAAGCAACUUGGCAUGGUCUUAGUCGUCUCGAAUCUCGUAAGAACAAACGAAACUUCAUCCUCGGGCGUGGAAGUUAUGCCGGAGCCUAUCGUUUUGCUGGUCUCUGGACUGGGGAUAAUGCAAGUAACUGGGAAUUCUGGAAGAUAUCGGUCUCUCAAGUUCUUUCUCUGGGCCUCAAUGGUGUGUGCAUCGCGGGGUCUGAUACGGGUGGUUUUGAACCCUACCGUGAUGCAAAUGGGGUCGAGGAGAAAUACUGUAGCCCAGAGCUACUCAUCAGGUGGUAUACUGGUUCAUUCCUCUUGCCGUGGCUCAGGAACCAUUAUGUCAAAAAGGACAGGAAAUGGUUCCAGGAACCAUACGCGUACCCCAAGCAUCUUGAAACCCAUCCAGAACUCGCAGACCAAGCAUGGCUCUAUAAAUCCGUUUUGGAGAUCUGUAGGUACUAUGUGGAGCUUAGAUACUCCCUCAUCCAACUACUUUACGACUGCAUGUUUCAAAACGUAGUCGACGGUAUGCCAAUCACCAGAUCUAUGCUCUUGACCGAUACUGAGGAUACCACCUUCUUCAACGAGAGCCAAAAGUUCCUCGACAACCAAUAUAUGGCUGGUGACGACAUUCUUGUUGCACCCAUCCUCCACAGUCGCAAAGAAAUUCCAGGCGAAAACAGAGAUGUCUAUCUCCCUCUUUACCACACCUGGUACCCCUCAAAUUUGAGACCAUGGGACGAUCAAGGAGUCGCUUUGGGGAAUCCUGUCGAAGGUGGUAGUGUCAUCAAUUAUACUGCUAGGAUUGUUGCACCCGAGGAUUAUAAUCUCUUCCACAGCGUGGUACCAGUCUACGUUAGAGAGGGUGCCAUCAUCCCGCAAAUCGAAGUACGCCAAUGGACUGGCCAGGGGGGAGCCAACCGCAUCAAGUUCAACAUCUACCCUGGAAAGGAUAAGGAGUACUGUACCUAUCUUGAUGAUGGUGUUAGCCGUGAUAGUGCGCCGGAAGACCUCCCACAGUACAAAGAGACCCACGAACAGUCGAAGGUUGAAGGCGCGGAAAUCGCAAAGCAGAUUGGAAAGAAGACGGGUUACAACAUCUCAGGAACCGACCCAGAAGCAAAGGGUUAUCACCGCAAAGUUGCUGUCACACAAACGUCAAAAGACAAGACGCGUACUGUCACUAUUGAGCCAAAACACAAUGGAUACGACCCUUCCAAAGAGGUGGGUGAUUAUUAUACCAUCAUUCUUUGGUACGCACCAGGUUUCGAUGGCAGCAUCGUCGAUGUGAGCAAGACGACUGUGAAUGUUGAGGGUGGGGUGGAGCACCAAGUUUAUAAGAACUCCGAUUUACAUACGGUUGUUAUCGACGUGAAGGAGGUGAUCGGUACCACAAAGAGCGUCAAGAUCACAUGUACUGCCGCUUAA